ACAGACACACACACACACACACACACACACACACACACACACACACACACACACACACACACACACUUUGAAAAGUUAUGUCUCAUAUUGUUGCAUAUUGUCUGUCUGCUGUUUCCCCUAAUAUUAACAACAAUAAUGAAAUUGAUAAAGACUUUUAAUAUUGAAGAAGCAGGACAGAACAAAGGGGAUGAGAUGAUGAGACAGAACGGAGGGAGAGGGGGAGGAGUUAAAAAGGACAUAAAAGAGAAAGGAGAGGACACAAGGUUAAAAGAGAGAAAGAGAUGUAAAGAAGAAGAGAAGAGAAGGAAUAAUGAGGAAUCACUGACAAGGGAAAUACAACAAGAGGUCGAGAGGAAAAGAGGAAAAGACCAAGUCUAUCAACGUCGAAAACAGUGAUGAACGCCGCUCGGAUCCCGGACAAACAGAAGCUCAGGUCGUUCUGGGAGCAGAGGAUCGAGCAGCACGACGAGCAGAUGGACGACGAGGAGACUCGCUGCAGGAGCAGCGCUCUGGCUCGGCUGAGGGAGCAGUGGCUCGUCCGGUUGGAUCAGAGGAAUCAGCAGCAGCAGACGUUCUUCGAGGAGCGAAUCAGACGCGCUCAGAAAGCUCAGCACAAAGUGGCCAAGCUCCAUUCAGCCUGACAGAUACAAAGUACAUAUACACACAUAUAUAUAUAUAUGUACAUAUACAAGAUGUUUGUCGUCAAUAAAUUACAUUUUUGUCAGGUGAAAAACAAUUUGCAACAAUUUAGUUUCUGUCAUGUUGCACUUCAUUCCUGCCUGGUGCCGUCGUUUUGUCUUUAUUGAAAUGUGUUAUUGUUUGGUAUAUAAUUAAUGGUCUUAAGAAAUUAAAAUGUCAAUAUCAAUAUCUGAA